CACAAUUUUAGUCUUUGGUCGUUAACAAGUGAUAAGCGUACUCACUAUUCAGACAUCGGUUAAAGUGAUGCAAAUCAUCUUAACGUGCGAAAAAGUCAAUAAAGUAUCUUUUGGGAGGUAUCCAGAAUAGCAGCCCCAGAUAGUGAAGAAACCCAGCAAAGGUUCGGUGUAACAGUUCUGAAUUGUGUUGGAAUCUUUCGUCCGAAUUGUGUAGUGCAGUAACCCGUUUUCACCUCCUUUCUUCGGUGUCGGUUUUUUUGUCACCGUGAACAAAUUGAAAUUCGAGAGGUUGUUGCAUGAUUGCGCCUUCUUUUUGCAAUUGAUUUAUUUUUCAACGAUUUUCGCAAUGAUUCCAUCGAUUCGAAUCAAUCCAUAAUGUACACUUGCUAUACGUACUUUUGCACAGUACUUGGCGCGAUUUAAGGUAGAAGAUGAGGUCAAAGCUCGUUGCUGAGCCCAAGCUACUAAAUUUUGGUACUAUAUAAAGUAACCAUAUUACGGAAUUCCGUUAAAGUUAAGUUAACCGCCAAACCCUCUGUGUAGAAGUAGUGCUGAAUGGUUGGAUAUUAAAGUAAACAAAAUGCCGCAGGUGUUUGUUUAUAGUGGUUUUAACGUUCUAUUCACGUUAACGUUGUGGAGCGUGGUAUCGGUACCGGUAUUGGGGUCAGUGGAAGUUGUUGCCCAAUAUCCGAAUGACCUUCAAACAUUUGAUGAUGAUAACGAGGGUAAUAAUGAAACGCUAAUUAUACGUAAAGGCUACGAUACUUUGGAGCAAGCCGUUUUCUUCAAGUUUUAUAAAAACGGGCAAUUAACGUAUAUAGCCAAUGGUAUUAACGUGGAGCAAUUGGGUGACACUGGUUGCACACCAGAUGAUCGAUUUGCUUUUUUACUACAUGGCUGGAGAGAAUCGUGUGAUGUCGAUUGGAUGAAGCUGUUAAUAGCAAAGUUAACAGCACAUCGUGGAGGAUGCAUUGUUUGUAUAGAUUAUGGAGCACUAGCACAAGAAGCAUAUGUACGCUUACUUAGAAAAUUCGGUCCUUUAACAGAUAUUAUGACAAACAAGCUGAAGUAUAUGUAUCUUCAAGGACUAAAUCCUGACAAAACAUUCAUGUUUGGAUUCAGUUUUGGCGGUCAGCUUUCUACUGCAAUUGGGAAUACUUUUGGGCCAAAUCAAAUAAAAGAAAUUGAUACUUGUGAUAUGGCCGGUCCAGGAUUUGAUUUCAGAGUGGCCAGUCUUGAUCAUAAGGAUGCUGCCCAAAAUGUUCAAUGUAUUCACACAUCUCGUGAUAAAGGAACUAAAAACUACGACUGUCAUCAAGACUGGCGGAUGGGAAAUUGUGGGGCGUCACAAGAUGCAGCUGAUAGACCCCCAAUGGGAUCUCAUGGAUUAUGCCCUUAUUUUUAUAUAAGCGCAUUUGACCAUCCAUUCUUUGCUGUGAAUCAGCCGAGAAGAUGUUCAUCUUCCAGACCAGCUUCAUUUUGGCCAGAAGAUUUUAAAAUGGGAUACUUAGAAACACGGAAGCCGAUGGUUUCAGGAGAAUUAUUCGCUAUUACAAGCAAUACAUAUCCAUUUAAUGUAUUAGAUAAGGAUAUCAAUCUGGAUGAUAUUUCACCUGGACCGCAAUUCAUUCACCAAAGAGGCCCUAGAUUGAGGCCGGUAGCAAAUAUUAUAAAAAGAGCGAGACGUCUUCUACGUCAACGGAAAAAUGUUUAAGGACGAAGUUCACCCUCAUCAAAACGGAAAACAGUUUUUUCCCAAAUAGCUGAUACCUAGAAAAUAGUUCAACAUGUUUAUAUAUGUAUAAACACUAUUGUUUUAUCUGUUUAAUUUUUUAUAUGCUCUAGUACUUUUAUAAGAUAAAUAAUAGAAAGCCUAGAACGAAAUUUUCUUAAAGUUGGCAAAUAGUUCAAAUAGCAAUUCAAUCAUUGACAUCCUUUUGAAAAUAGUCAUUAAAUUUUAUAUCUAAUUCUUUACCAUUUUUCGCAUUAUUGUUAUUAAUUGUAUAUCAUAUAGAAGCCAUGCUUCUGAUUAAGACUUAGUAUCCAUGUUGAAUUGAAUAAAAAAAUGUUUAUGUUGUUGG